UUAUAAAUAAUAGAACAUUGUAAAACACACUUAUCGCAAGUCGUGUCUUGUUAUACGUGAAGUUAGCGGUCACAUUAAUUUAAACCGGAUUUGUUUUGUAUACACCCUUAAAAAUUUGUGGAUAUUAUUUGUUUAAGUCAUGGAAUACAGAAAACAUAGAAUUUUCGGAUAUUCAUUAGCAAUAUUUAUGCAUAUGGCUAAUAUGCUAUAUAUGGGAACAUAUAUAUCCCCAAGGGUCUACGAUAAUCCAAAACUUAUGAAGUUUAAAAAUUUACAACCGAGAUUCUUUACGAUCUGGACCUUGAUUUUGCAAUUGAUAUACUCUGCUGUAAGUUUGAUAUGUGAAUUAAUGUUGGAAAACACAACGAAUAGGAAAAACACAAUUCGUUAUGUAAAUGGAUUUAGAAAUGUUUUGUUUUCCAGUAUUCUGUGGCCAUCUUGUUGGGUUGUAGCUAUUGUAUUUUGGUCGCUCUGUUUAUAUGAUAAAGAUCUAAUAUUCCCUGAACAGACAGCUGAAUUACUUCACCCUAUAUCUAACCAUAUAAUGCAUACACUAAUAGUACCUAUAUCUGUAUGGGAAGUAGUAUAUAGACCGAGAAGGCUGCCCAGAUCACAUAGGAAAAAUGUUUAUCAUCUUUUAUUUUAUUUCGCUUUUUAUUUUAUUGUAAUGAUCUACACAUACAUAGAAAGUGGUCUAUGGAUUUAUCCGAUUUUUGCAAAACUUUAUGGAACUAUCUUCUUCCCACUCAUACACCUAACAAUGGCGGGCAUAGCAAUAGUUGCUUACGUCAUACAAUGGCCGCUAGCGGAAUAUGUUUGGCGCCAAAAUAUAAAAAAAGCUAUUUAGUAUUUUGUAAAUUAGUGUUAAUUCUUGCUUAACACUACACAUUUACUUACAUUUUCGAUACAUUUAAAUGUUACGUACAAUUUUCUGAUGCUUUUCAAAUUAUGUAGUCUCAAUAUUAUUUUUAUUUUGAUAUCCAUAGUUGCACAGUGAAUUAAAUUUUUCUUUAGUUUCUAUAAUUCAUGAAACGUAUUUUUUUUCUCUGCGUGUUUAUUAUGUUUUCCUGCAACUGCUUGUCACAUUAAAUCUUGUAUUUUAUUUUCCUUAUGUACCAAUGUAUAAGUGUGCCGCAAAUAAAUUUUACAACCUAAUAAAUAUCAUAUGAUACAGUUUUUGUAAAAUAACUUUUAAUAUUAAUUAAGAAUUAACACGUUUAAAAGUAAUUUAGAUCGUGUAGUUGCAAAGAAAUUUUAAACAAAAUUUUAAACCCGUAAGGAAGAACUACGUUUACUGCUAGAAAGCUUCCAAUAAAACCAAAGAAAUGAAUAUUCUUCGAUAACUUUCGAAAAAACGAUUAACCAUGGACAUUGACCUAUCUAGCUGGUACUACACAGUUAAUUACUUGUCACAAACCGGGUCUUCUUAUAUUGGCUAUUAAAGCUAGACGCAUAUACUUUAUUGUAUUGGAAUUUGUAUCUUAAGUCAAAAGCAGAAGGCUUAAUAUCGUGAACUAUUACAAUUGAAUGCGUUUCUAGCUUACUUAUCUAAGCGCAUUUUAUGGCUUUUAUUACAAUGGUCUAAGGUAUUUAAUGUGUAAUCAUACAACCAACAUUAGUUUGUUACUAAAAUAGGUAAUGGGUCCGAUGCAUUCCACUUUUCACGGUCGAGACCAGUGUUGCUAUGGAAAAGAAAUUCCCGGAUAUGUUGUAAAUCAUUUGUAUUAAUAGUGUUUCGCAAUUGUUUUACUUACAAUAAAUACGAGCAAUGUAUCACAGAAUAAAUCCAAAGUUUUGUCAAGUAAUUAUUUAUUUGUUUAUUAAAUUAUAAAGAUGC